AUUAAUCAUUAUAAAAUUAUACUAUAGAACAUGGCCACCACUGUUGCUCCAGUACAACUCAAGAACAAACCUCCCACUGGUAUAGAUCUUUAUUCAAGAUUUGCAAUUGCUGGUGCUCUUGGUUGCGGUAUCACACAUGGAGCAAUGACACCAGUUGAUGUUGUGAAAACUAGAAUUCAAUUAUCCCCAGAAAUUUAUAACAAGGGAAUGAUUUCAGGGUUUAGACAAGUAAUAAAAAAUGAAGGUGCUGGUGCAUUGUUGACCGGUUUUGGACCCACUGCUACAGGUUAUUUCAUCCAAGGUGCAUUGAAAUUUGGAGGUUAUGAAUUUUGGAAAAAGACUUUUAUCGAUAUUGUAGGUGUGGACAAAGCAUCUGAUUAUCGUAUGCCUAUUUACCUUGUCGCAUCAGGCAUUGCGGAGUUUUUUGCUGAUAUUGCCCUUUGUCCUUUGGAAGCUACACGUAUCCGUUUGGUGUCACAACCUACUUUUGCUAAUGGCCUUGUUAGUGGAUUUACUAGAUUGUUGAAAGAAGAAGGUGUCCUUCGAGGUUUUUAUUCUGGUUUUGGUCCAAUUCUUUUCAAACAAGUCCCUUAUACCAUGGCCAAAUUUGGCGUCUAUGAAGUGGCAGUUGAAAAGAUUCUUCAAGCUGUGAAUACUCCAAAAGAUCAAUUAUCACCUUCUACAUUGACCUUUAUUGAUUUGGAUGCUGGGAUCAUCGCUGGUAUUUCUGCAGCGUUGAUAUCACAACCUGCUGAUACACUCUUAUCCAAGAUUAACAAGGAAAAAGGUCUUCCAGGUCAAUCAGUCACAUCUCGUUUAAUUGGUUUGACUCGUCAGCUCGGUGUAAAAGGCUUAUUCCUCGGUACAUUUGCAAGAGUAACACUUGUGAGUGUCUUGACUGCAGGACAAUUUGCAAUUUAUGGUGACAUCAAACGUAUGUUGGGAGCAAGUCAAGGCGUAGAAAUAGCAAAGAUUCAAAAAUGAAAUAAAUGAUGGAUGCAUUGUGAAUCUGCAUUUUUUUUUUAAAAAAAAAAGAUGAAGCAGCGUAUCUGUAUCAAUGAUGAUGGGCUGAUGGGAU